AUGGAGUUCUUUCAUAAUCGUUCACAAAAUCUAAAUUUGAAUAGUACUUUAAAAUAUGAGGACAGCUACGUCAAUUCCUUACAAUUUAAUGGAUAUCAACUAAUGCGACCAUCUUCAGUGAUCAAUGACCCUGUUUUUGACAGUCAUAUACCAUCAACACCACCUCAUUUACGAGUAGCAUCACGUAAGACUCCCCCUACGGUCAUCAGAAGACGGUCAUCUAUAUCAUCCACAUCAAGCGGUAUGAGUUCCUCCAGUACAGAAUUAGAUGAAAAUAAAUUGCAGCCAUUUACAACCUAUCGCUUGAAACCGAUUUCACAAAAAGUCAAAAGCAUGGUGAUGACUCUAACAGAAAGAGGACUGGUAUGUCUCGAAUUCUUAAAAGUGAAAAAUGGAAUUGAAACUAUUGUAGAGACAUUUACAGUGUCACAGGAUGGACAAGAGAUUUCUAUCAUGUACCCAAGACAGAGCAACGAAGAAUCAAACCACAAACGGAAUAAAGCCUAUUCCAUUCAAGAGCUUCCAGAAAGAUUUCAUAAGAAAUAUGAACACGCAAGAAAGUUUGUUACAUUGAUUCAAUCAAAAACACCAAAGAUGACUCUAACAGAAAGAGGACUGGUAUGUCUCGAAUUCUUAAAAGUGAAAAAUGGAAUUGAAACUAUUGUAGAGACAUUUACAGUGUCACAGGAUGGACAAGAGAUUUCUAUCAUGUACCCAAGACAGAGCAACGAAGAAUCAAACCACAAACGGAAUAAAGCCUAUUCCAUUCAAGAGCUUCCAGAAAGAUUUCAUAAGAAAUAUGAACACGCAAGAAAGUUUGUUACAUUGAUUCAAUCAAAAACACCAAAGGUAACCAUGUACAAUCAACAAGCUAAAUGUAUGUUGAUGGAAAAUGCACCAAUCGCCAGCUUUGAAGUUCAAUUUUAUAAUGGACGAAAGAUAAUCAAUAAUUGGAGUGGUAUGAAAUUAGUAGAUGAACAGCAGGGCAGUAUUUUGUCUCUAUCAUCACCUAGUAUUCAGCAACAAUUCAGUAACGAAAUCCAACAAAUGAUAAAGUUUGCCGAACAGUGUCAGCAACAAUGUGUUCAAUUUGAAGCUUUAAUAAAAUCUACUGCAAGCUGCGUUGAUGAUAAAAACGAACUGUUCCCAGUAAUUAUUGGAAAGAAACCCACUUCUAUUUCUGUGGUGGAGGAAGCAGUACCAUUCCAACCUAAACCCAACCCAGUUAACAUCAGUACCAUAAGUAGUAUCACAUCAAGUAGUUGUUCUAGCUAUUCCUCAGAUACAGGCAGUAGUGUCAUUAGACAGAUUAGAGUUCCAAAUAUUGGACUAGCCUCUCAACUCGAUAAUGGUGAUAUUUGGGUAGAAUUUGAAGAUGGGAGUGAUUUGGGUAUCAAACCAACCGUCACAACUGUAACAUAUAUCAACCAAACCGGUGUAAUGACAAAAUACAGAAAAUCUCAGCCACUUCCAGACAACGUAAAAGCCAAACUUGCUUCCGUUCCAAUAGUUCUUGAGCAGUUAAUGACCUCACAGAAAGCAGAAACUAUGUCUGAACAGAGUUAUUAG